CACCGCGAGGAAAAUACUUUAAGUAGUUAUGAGACCAAGGUCGCAGCAAAAUUGAGAUAAAAGGAGACACUACCGCCCGAAAUCAUAUGAAGUAGUACCGGAGUAGUGCUGGUAUUUAAUUGUGAAAUGAACUUGUCUUCUUGACAGCCUUUUUUGUACAGGUUUCAUGAGGAAUAGUGAGGUUAUUCAUCCAGUUUCUCAUUAAAAACAUAUACUCCUGAGCAUAUGAGCAAACACAAUGAAAUUUACUAAAAACGUUAUACGUUCAGUUAGAGACUUGUGGGACAAAUUAAAAAAUGAUUAUGCUGAAUGGGAACUAAAGAACCACUAUACAACAAGUGACACGAAAAAUAAGAAGCGCAAAAGGAAAACAAAUAAACAAUUUCCGGGAAAGGAUGUUGCGGAUGAUUUAAAUGGUGUUAGAACUGGUAUAUCUUCUUCUUUCGGUGACGAAGCAGAUUCCAGUGUGGGAACCGUUGUUAAUGAAUAUAAAAAACGAAAAAAUAGUACUCCAAGCAAGACGGUGAAUAGUUCUAAAGACAACCAAGCAAAGGAAUCCACUCCUUUUGCUCCGGAUAUAACGUAUCCACGUCUUCUGUCAAAUGAGCUCGAGUAUUCUAAUGACACUUCGGUUUCUAAUUCAUUAGUUUCAGUAACAUCUACUGCCACAUUGGAUCCCUCCUCUGUUAUAGCAGAUUUUCAGACCAUUCUGAGAAGAUUAGACAAGAUCGAAAAUUCUUUGCUUGAAACGCAGCAUCGGCUAUUGGAAGUCGAGAAGGACAGUUCUGGGACAUUUGAUUUUAAUCAAAACCUUGUUCACCAUUCUUUAACAUCAUCACAAAAGCGACUUAGCGAACACGAAACAAUCUUAGGUACUGAGACCAAGUCGGAAUUAAUCGAGCCCAGUACCACAGCCCACAGCACUGUAGGGCACGAGGCAAUGGCCGUUACACCGAAGGAGACAAUGAAGGUCACAAACUUAAAGAAUCCUCAAAAUGGAAGGACUUUUGAAUCACCAAUGCAAGCUACGGUUUCAGGACAGCUGGAAUUUCUUUCACCAAUUCUUCCAAAGCUAUGGGAAAAAAGACCCAAUCAUAUUUCUGACGAUUUAUUAAAAAAUAACGGUACUGCUAAUCUUGAAGAAGAUCUGGAAGCUACAAAAAAAUCCAUCGAAUCCCUACGGUUAAAGAUACAACGGCGUCUGGAAAAGAAAACAUCAACAACGGAUAACGAAGCAUAAAUCUUUAAAACCGUUACAUCUUCUGUUUGUCUAAGCAAACAAAAUAAUUUUCUUUCGAUUCUUUUCUUGAAGCUUUCGGUUUUGCUCUAAUGACUUCACGAAAGUGGCUUUGUAAUUCUUUAAAGAACCGAUUUUCCUCGAUACCUUUAUAAUAUUUGCAAAUGAGGAUUCCUUUUGAUCGUAAAACAUGUUCUGAGAAUUCUAGUGCCGCCCUACAAAGUGACUGAAUGUUAAUGUACAAACAACACAUCUAAAACAAAGCUUACUAUUGAUAUAGUAUGGUCUCUAAAAGGUAUACCAGUAGCAUUAUGAAACCUGAUUUGUUAGAACGGUUCUUAAAGUAGAUAUUGUGUGCACAUUACAUAUCACUUAUAACAACAUCACACUGAUUAUUUUGAGUGUUACCGU